AAUUAAUGCGCGCUCGUCCCUUAACACAACGUUUUGUAUGUGCUUUUCUUUAAUACGUUACGCGAUUGAUAAAUUUUGUUUCGGUUUUUUUUUUCUGCUUUAAUUUUGCGGCAUUUUGUUGUAAGAAUAAUAAUAGCAACAAAAAGCCCAAGAAAAAAUAUAUUAAAAAUAAAUAUUAAACGAGAAACGUUAAAACGAAACGAAAAAGAAAUUGUCUGCAAACAAUUUCAAAUAGUUAAAAAUAAAUUAUACCUAAAGAAAUUAAUAUAAGUGAUGAAAAAUAUAUGAAAAACAAAUUUGUUUGAAAAUAAUUGAAAAAAAAACAACAAAUCUAAAGGAAUUAAUAUUAAAAGAAUUCUUAGCAAAAGCAAAAUAUUAAAUGAAAUGACUGAAUUGUCUAUACCCCUGUAAUCACCAUAAUAAUAGAAUGACCAUAACUAAAUUACAAUUUGUGCAAAACAAGUAAACUAAAUACUCUCUCUGUCUCUGUUGACUAACAGAAAUCAUAAGGCAUUGACAGACACAAGAUAAGAAUCGAGGAUUUUGUUAUUAUUUCUAAGAAUAAAUCUAUUACUACCAAAGAUUAUAUAAAUUAAGUUAUAAAAUUACAAUAAGAAUCAAGCAAAACUCAAGCCAAAAAAAAAGGAAACGAAUAUUUCUUAAUAAAAACCCAUAAUCUUUAAAUGAAAAAAUCAACUAUACAAAUUAAAUAAGCUACGACGAAAAAGUUUACAGCUAAAUUAAGCAAAAAAAAUAGCUAUAAAAUAAAAAUAAAUGCAUAUAAAAUUGGCAACCAUUAACAGCAAAACAAGAAAAACUUUUACUUCAAACCAGUAGAAGCAAAAAACAAAAGGAAAGAACAUUUCUAUGAGAAUCUACAUCAACAACUACUGAAACAAACUGGCAUUUCAAAACUCAUAUGUGUAAGAGAAGUUAAGACAACUAACGCCAGCAACUGCAGCAGCUCGAUGAAAACAUUAAAAGGCAAAAAAGAAGAGCAAAACGAAAGAACAACAACUGCAAUCAUUACAAUAUAUUUACAAACAUUAAGAUAAGUCGUCUUUAAGGAGAAGCAAAAAGAAAAAAACUUGAUGACAUUGUAACACUCUCCUACAAACAGUCAAACGAAUACAUUUACAUUUUUUACACAAACACCAAAACAACGACAUCCUUUUACUCACACAAACAUACUCAUCCUUUACACACAUGUCUAUAAGCACUAAAACUUAACUGUUUUUAAAACUCACUGCACAUUGGAAUAUUUUACAAACAACAACGACAAAAACAACAAACAUCAAGUAGCAGUAGCAACAGCAACAGCAGGAGCAUUUGCAGCAACAGACAGAGACGCCGCCAAAUCAUUUAACACCGUUUUUUGCCUUAAAGAAUUUUUAGGCUUCAACAUUUUAGCGCUCGUGUUGUUUCUAUAACAUUAACAGAAAACGGCAGCAACAUGUUGCCACGAUAUCAACGUGCAAUACUAAUCGGAUUUACAUUGUUAAUUUAUAGCUUACAAGGAUAUACAAAUGUUUUAGCAGUGGAUCAAAUUAUUAGCGAGCAGGAGGGUAAAACAGUUAUUGUGCCAUGUCCUGUGAACAAGAAUAAAUGUGGUGAAUUACAUUCACUGAAUUGGUUUAAAGGUGACAAUCGUAUAGCAGCCAUGCUGCUGGAUGAUAGCAAUGUCACCAGUGUUGCUGAAGAAUUUGAAGAUAGAGUUUCCGUUGAACAAAAUCCAUUUAGAUUAAUUAUAAGAAAUUUACAAAUCUCUGAUGAGGAUAUUUAUUUAUGUGAUACAACAUAUUUUAUACCAAUUGAAACAUGUGAUAAUUUCAAUGGCCAUCGUGUGGAAUUGAAUGUUUUAGUGCCACCUUCGGAGGUUGUGAUUUUGGAUGAGAAGGGAGAUCGUAUAGAAAAUGGCAGCAUUGUGGGUCCCAUGCAGGAAAGACAAACCCUGAAGGCCACCUGUAUAGUUAAAAAUACCAGACCUCAACCCCAAGUAGGCUGGUGGCGGGGGAAUAAGAGAUUAACAACACAUUCACCUUCGUAUGAUGAAAAAGAUGGUCUGUUCACAGCCACCUUAGAAUUGUCAUUGCAAUUAUCACGUGACGAUUUGGGGCAUAGCAUAGAAUGUCGUGCUGAAUCGGCAGCCAUACAAACUACAAUUAAAAAUCACUUUAGUGUGGAUUUACAAGUAAGACCCACCACAGUGACCAUAAAUGGUGUGGAACAUCAUACGGUGCAAGGCAGUAAAGUUGUAUUAACUUGUGAUGUACAUGGUGCCCGUCCUCCAGUAAAUCUAACCUGGUUUAAUGCUUCUCAGCCUAUGGAUCCCGAGGAGAAUGAUUUAAUGGAAAUAAGAACAAGAGCGUUUGAAAAAGAGGAUGGCACCUAUCACACACAGUCCGACCUUAUCUUUAAUGCUUCACGUUUUGAGAAUGACGUUAAAUUUGUGUGUCAAGCUGAAAAUAUUGUUUUACAAAUAAAUCGUGAAGCUCCCAUGCAGUCAUUAUUGACACUGGAGGUGUUGUAUCCACCUGUGGUUAAGGUUAGUCCCCCAGAAAUAACAGUAAAUACUAGUGAUACAGUAUUGUUGAAUUGUGAAUAUGUGGCAAAUCCAGCAUCAUUGGAUCAUGUUGUAUGGUAUCGUAAUGGCGAAGUGGUCAAUGUCAAUGAUACGGAGCGCUAUGAAGGUGGCAAUUCAGAGAAUGUAGCCUUGGUUAUACGCUCAACGGAUAAGCAGGAUAUUGGUAAUUAUACCUGUCAAUUGUCGAAUAGCAUUGGCAAAGGUGUUUCCGAACAGCAAAUUGAUUUGGAUGUACAAUAUGUACCAAUUGUUGAAGUUUUGAUGAUACCCGAGGGUCCUGUCAAAGAAAGUGACGAAUCGAAUGUUACUUUAUUUUGUAAUAUCUUAGAUGCCAAUCCAUCGGUUUUAACUAAAGUUCGUUGGUAUGCCAAUUCAACAUUGCUCAAGGAAUUGCCAGAUUGUGAGGAGACCAGGGAGGAUUUGUGUCAUAUUGAUCCCAGUAAAUUGCUAUUGGAAAGUAUAGGACGUGGCUUUUUCUAUAAUUAUUCCUGUGAGGGUUACAAUGCUGCCGGCUGGGGACCGCGCAGUGAAGAUAAAGAAUUGUUGGUGCACUAUGAACCAGGACCAGCUACUUUAACACAUUUUCCUUUGAUUGCUGUGAAAAAGAAGAGUGUCACAUUUUCGUGUUCAGUAGAUGAUCCUGGUUAUCCCGAAUCAAAUAGAUUCCGUUGGAUGCGUGGUGGUCGUGGCCCCCUACAGGAUAUUGUCACCAAGGAUUGGACUGUCGAACCCGUUGGCCUGGACAGUCGCACCAACUACUCGUGCUAUGCAUUCAAUGAGGGCGGAAAAGGUGUCAUGGCCACAGUCAAUUUGGAAGUACAUGCACCACCAUUUUUCAUUAAGAAUUUGCCACCAUACACCGGUAUGUUGCACACAUCGCGCAAUGCCAAUCUAACGUGCCGCAUUGAGUGUGUGCCUCGUUGUGAGAUUUCAUGGCUAAAGGAUGGCGUACCAAUUGAGAAAAACGAUACACGUUACUUUGUCAAAGACAAAUACAUGGAUGCCUCACCGGCAACGGGUGACUUUGAGAGUAUGCUUUCAGUGCUGCAUUUCAAUAUGUCCAAUUGGCCAAAUAACAAAUUUGACAUUGAGGGAGAUAAUGCCAAUUAUACAUGCGUUUCCACAGGCAAUACAGUGGGUCCCGGUAUUAAAAGUGCCACUUAUUUCAGUAUUGAAUAUGCCCCCGAUAAUACAACGGUAACAGAAGAAGUUGUUUAUGUACCAGAGAACACAAUACCAGGACGUGUCAUAUGCAAAUCAAGAGCUAAUCCGGAACCCACUUAUGAAUGGCGUUUCAACAAUAAAACUGUUAUACGUGGCAAUGCCUUGAUUAUCAAUACGCUCAUGAUGCGCAAUGAUACUGGUCGUUAUACUUGUGCGGCUUAUAAUAAACAUGGACGCAGCACAGCCGAAACAUUCAUUGAUGUACAAUUUACACCCCGCUGUGAAAUUGAGAGACAAGAGAUCGAGGAUAAGGAUACAUUAAUUUGCACAGCAUAUGGUAAUCCGGAAGAGGCCGAUUUUUCAUGGUCAAUUAAGGGUGAAAACGAAACUGUCGAAUGGCUGGGCAAUGGUGACCAUAAAGCAUUUAAGGAUAAAAGCUAUUAUGAACUAAAAGAAGAUUAUGCAAUUGCACGUACCUAUCGUUGUGUGGCCAAUAAUACAGCGGGUGCUGGUACAUUCUGUGAAAUUGAAGUUGCCGAACAACUCGCUUGGUGGCAACGUUGGGAUCAAACAACAUUAAUCAUCUUGGUGGCCAGUAUAUUGGUCCUAUUGCUGGCUGUCGUUAUUAUUUGUUGUAUUAUUAUUUGCAUUUGUCGUCGUCGUAGACGUCAGGAUAAAUCAGUACAAGAGAAGUCGUCUUCUAUGGCGGAUCCAUUAACGGAACCUGGAGAGUAUGAGAAUUUGCCCUUCCAUGGUCUACAAACGGCUCCUAACAAGCCCCUGAAUGCUUUGAAUUUCGAUGAUGAAUUAAUCUAUGCCGAUUUGGAAAGUCAACACUAUGGUCCCAUUGAUUACAAGGCUGCUUCCAUAUACGCUCAGGUCAAGAAGAACAAACAAGGAGCUUUAAAAGAAGUCAAAUAUUAAAAUACUUUCUCACAAAUAACUACCAAACAUCAGCAAAAGAAUUUUUCAUGACAUCCUCCUCAUAAAUUUAAAACUAAUAAGUGCAUUUUAAACAAACCAAACAAAUAAAUAAUAUUGAUUUUUGUAAGAUUUAAUAAAUAAAUAAAAAUAAAUAAAAUUGUUUUAUAAAAAACCUUUUUUUUAAAAACAAAUUAAGGCUGUUAAUUGCCUUAAUUUUUCAACACCUAAAAUACUACUACUCUUUUUCUCUCUUAAUGGUUGUAAUUAAGAGUAUUUAUUUAUAUAUUACAAGUGUUUUUAAUUUGAUUUAUAUUUGUAUUUUUUAUUUUUGUUAAAUUAAGUCUUAAUUUAAAUUUAAUUGUUUGUUUUUAUUUAAUUUGUCAAUCUGUAUAUUAUAUAUAAAAGAUGUAUUUAUGUAUAUGUUGUUAUAUUUUAUUUUAAUAUUAAUUAUUAUUUUUAUUUUUGUUUUUUUAUUGAUUUUGUUUACUUUAUUGAAUUAUCUUUAAUUAUAUAUUUAAUUGCUACAACUAUUUGCAUUAUAAAAUUUAUAAUUUUUUUCUAAAAACCAAUUUACACAUAAAAGGGUAUUUUUUUAAGCCCGAUAGAACUUACAAAAGGGUUAACUGUCAAACGAACUGCCAUACUCCUAACACUUUUUAAAAUUUAUGAUUAUUAUACUCUGGCAAAUCAUCAUGAGUAGACUGAACCUUGAACAACGCUAUCAAAUUAUGCAAAUAUCAGUCAUGCGGCUCAUUUUUGGCAUAAUUAAUAACACAGAAUUGCCGAAUAUGGAGUGAGACCAAUCCAGAGCAGUCCCUAAAAACUCCAUUACAUUCAUAAAAAUUCACCGUGUUAUUCGUGACAUUUGGCCAGCAAUGUUCGAAAAAGUGGCCCAAUAUUGGACAUCCAGAAUGCGCUUCAUCAAGAUUAGACGCGGUGGCCACAUGCCCGAAAUCAUUUUCAAAUGUUAAUGUCAUGUAUUGAUCUUUCGAAUACAAACAUUUUUUUUAUGAAAACUUACUUUUUUUUGUGUUAUUUUUUACAAUUGAAAGUUCUAUCGGGCUUAACAAAAUACCCUUUAUAAAUAAAUAAAAUGUUGUUAUAAAAAUAAAGUUACUUAAGUUAAUAUUAGUAAAAAGGAAUUAAAAAAUAAAGAAUGAAAUUUAUAAUCAAACAA